AUGCUUCGGCAAUCGGUGCGGUCCACCCUCUUGACGCUCUCCUCCCUCGCAGCAGCAGCUCCGAUCGAAGUCAUCACCGCGACGUUUAUCGUCGUGACGUUGACCUAUUUUCAACUGCUACAUGCCAUCAAGGGCUCUGAAUUCUUCCAGGAUCCACCGCUAGCUUCACCUGCACCCAGACCUAUCCAAUUGGUGAGACUAUCACAUCCAGAGAUCGGUCAUUCUCCCUAUCACCACCUCCCCUCACCAUCGUCUGGACUCUUCUUCAGCUCCCUCUCGACAUCGCAGGCAUGGCAUAGCCUGUCAUCCGCCGACUUUCGACGUGUCCUCGAAGCGAACGCUCUGGAAGGAGGGUACGUCAUACCCUCAAGCGAGGGAGGCAAUACUGCAGGUGAAAAGGCAGAAGUUGUCCUCAUCAAGCAGUUCAAUCUCGUCAAGGAACAUGGAGAGGAUGUAUCACAGAAAUGGGUCGAUUGGAUGCUGAACGGCGUCGAGGUGGAGUGGUCAGGCAAAAAGUAUACCUACCAGGAUCUCUGCACGCAAUGUCAGACCUCUCUCGUCCCUCAUCCUCUCCACCCUACCCAACACACACUCACCCUCUUCCUCCGUCCACCGACACCGGAAACACCCACCCUCACCUACCUCAGCGCAUUGUCCAGGCUGCCUCCCUUUUCACCUCCUGGGACCAACACUACCUUUCGUAUCGCUCAAGGAUCAUCUUCAUGGGGUCUUUUGCCAUUGUUCGACGGCGCGGGCCUCUUCGCAGGCAUGGGCGAAUCAUCUCACAGCGAGAAGGAGGGAGAGGAUUUGCUGGGCGGAUUGAGAAACGUCAGAUGGUUCGCCUACGCGGCGAGGGCUUUUGUUAUGAGGUUUUACCACCUCGCAAGGAAUGCCGAUUCUGCAGACAUCUUUGUCGUCCUUCUUGGCUACAUCCUCAUGCACUCAACAUUUGUGCACCUCUUCAUUAGCAUGCGCAAGCUAGGUUCAAACUUUUGGCUUCCCUUUGCCACUCUAAUAUCCUCCAUCUUUGCCUUUCUCACUGCCCUGCUUGCAGCAUAUCUCCUGAACAUUCCUAUCGACCCCGUCUCGCUUUCUGAGGCACUGCCGUUCCUGGUAAUCACCGUCGGGUUUGAUAAGCCCAAUCUCCUGGCUCGAGCCGUCUUCCAGAAUCCCGAGAUCGCUCCUGUCGCCGUCUCACCCGAUCUGUCUCCUUCGAAGGAUCUGCCGGAUCCAUUCAGCUCGACCGAUGGCAAAUCCGGGCCGGUCCUUGGCCUCGAUCUCGGUGCCCUGCACAAGGAGCUCGCUCCAUUAGAGAGGCUUCAACGGUUGGCCGAAGGUCGAGGUGUUCGCUGGGCAGCCCCAGUCGCUGCUAAAGCUAUCGUGGUGGAUGCGGUGAGGAAGAAAGGCGUUGGUAUUGUUCGAGACUAUGCCAUAGAGAUUGCGGUCUUGAGCGUGGGCGCAUACAGUGGGAUCGGAGGCCUCAAAGAAUUUUGCAAUCUCGCCGCCUUGAUUAUGGCUGCUGAUUGUGUGUUUCUCUUCACUUUUUACGUUGCCAUUCUCGCUGUCAUGGUCGAGGUCCAUCGAAUUAAGCUCAUCAGGGGCAAAAGCCGCAAGCCCAAGAACUCCUCCAUUCGCCGGAACUCUAGUCAAGUGUCCAUCGCCUCAUCUACCGCCGACUCCCCCUUCGGUUCCAGUUCGGAUCUGCGUGGUGCCGCGAAGGCCAAGGACCAACCUGAGAAUCCCGUUGUCAGGCUCAAGCUUUUCCUCAUCGUCUCUUUCCUUACUUUGCACAUUCUCAACCUGUGCACCCCACUGACAGAGCAAACUUCGCUAAAGCGACAUUCAGCUCACUCAGUGCACAAGAUGGAACCUCGAAUUGAUACCCGAUCUGCAACGUUGUCCCCUAUCCUAGAGCAAUUGUACGCCAGUAUGCCAAAGGAGACGGACCUCGCUGUACAGAUCAUUCCCCCGACCAACAUUAUCAUGUCAACUGAGGGCUUCACACCAUCCCGCAUGGCUUCAAUCGACCAGUUCAUGAGUGAAUGGACCCAGCUUGUUGGAGAUCCAGUUUUGUCGAAAUGGAUCGUCGUGGCUUUGGGCAUAUCUGUCUUGCUCAAUGGAUAUCUUCUCAAGGGAAUCGCAUCCAACUCGAUCGGAGGCAAGGGUCCUGUUGCUGCGGCUGCUCAAGUCCUCGUGGGCGUUUUCGAGUCGACCCUGCCAGAGGACAAGAAGCGGCGAAGAUGGAGUGGAGGAGACAAUCUGACAAAGUAUCGGGAAGAUUCGGUUUCCAAGGACAGAAAAGACCUCGACAUCGCAACCACUCGACGCAGAGAUUCUAUCCCACCGCAUAUGCCUCGUCCCGCUCCCGUUCGAGACGGUGACAGGACUCCCAAAGGAGAAGGCCGAGCAGAUAGAGCUGCUGUUGGUCACGUCGUUGUUCCGCCAACUCCCAAUGUUCCCAUCGUAGCGCCUCAAAAGAAGCGUUCGCCAUCACCUCCCGACAACCCGUCGUUUGGUCGCAGGUCCCUCGAAGAGUGCAUCGAGAUCUUUGCUGGCGGCAUUGGUGUCAACAACUUGUCGGACGAAGAAGUCAUUCUCCUGGUGGAAAAGGGCAAGAUCGCUCCAUACGCUCUGGAGAAAGCGCUCAAGGAUCUGGAGCGGGCGGUGAGAAUUCGACGGGCGGUCAUCUCCAGGUCGUCCCUCUCGCAGACGCUCGAAGCUUCCGCAUUGCCUAUGGCAGACUACAACUAUGAGCAGAUCAUUGGGGCAUGCUGCGAGAAUGUCAUUGGUUACAUGCCUCUCCCAGUGGGUAUCGCUGGUCCCCUCAACAUCGAUGGACAACUUCUGCACAUUCCAAUGGCGACCACCGAGGGUACGUUGGUCGCGUCGACAUCACGUGGCUGCAAGGCGUUAAAUGCCGGCGGUGGAGUCACCACGGUUCUUACCAAGGACGCCAUGACCCGAGGGCCGGCCGUGGACUUCCCAAGUGUCACCAUGGCUGCUGAUGCAAGAAUCUGGAUCGAUUCGCCAGAGGGCUUUAGAACCAUCGCCAACGCUUUCAAUUCCACUUCUCGCUUCGCUCGAUUGCAAACAUUGGAAUGCGCAUUGGCUGGUCGAACAUUGUACAUCCGAUUCGCGACAUCGACAGGUGACGCUAUGGGAAUGAACAUGAUCUCCAAAGGGACUGAAAAGUCUCUGGAAGUUUUAAGAGAAAGAUAUCCGGAUAUGAUGGUCCUCUCACUCUCUGGAAAUUACUGUACCGAUAAGAAACCGGCGGCUAUCAAUUGGAUCGAAGGUCGAGGGAAAUCGGUCGUUGCGGAGGCCGUCGUGCCGGGUCAUGUGGUCAAAUCGGUCCUCAAGACGUCUGUGCAAGCUCUCGUCAAUCUCAACAUCAAGAAGAAUCUCAUUGGAAGUGCCAUGGCGGGCAGUGUCGGCGGUUUCAACGCCCACGCGUCGAAUAUCUUGACGGCCAUGUACCUUGCAACGGGUCAGGAUCCUGCGCAAAACGUGGAGAGCUCCAACUGCAUGACUUUGAUGGAGGAGACUAAUGAUGGAGAGGAUCUCUUGAUCACUGUCUCCAUGCCGUCAGUCGAAGUUGGAACCGUCGGAGGAGGCACCAUUUUAUCCCCACAACGUGCCAUGCUGGAGAUGCUCGGUGUGGCCGGAGCAAACGCUUCUCAACCUGGAGCCAACGCUCAACGUCUUGCACGAAUCAUCGCCGCUGCUGUGAUGGCAGGGGAAUUAUCGCUCAUGUCGGCGCUUGCUGCUGGACAUUUGAUUCAGGCGCACAUGAAGCACAACCGAUCCGUGCCUGUGACUCCGGGUGCUGUCACGCCCGGUGGGAUUGGAUCCGCCGCUGCCAAGGGCGACAUCCUAUGGGGUCACAUGGCCGGGGGAGGUGGAAUGACGCCAUUGAAUUCCGGUCAGCCCGUACCUCGUCUCUCACCACGAGUCCCGUCUAACGCGCUGGUGAACCAAGUUGGCAAAUCGACGUUGGGCGUCGGAGUCAAUGGUAUAACGCCGGCUGCUGGAGUUCCGUCAAGUCAACGUCGAGCCAAUGGAGAGACCAGUAGUAUUCAAGGAUCAGCGAGCAAAGUCAGGAUUAUCGAGAAUGGUGUCUGA